GAGAGAGAGAGAGAGAGAGAGGGAAAGCUGCGCUCAAGCGAAAGAAGGUUAGCCAGCAGCGAGUUAAGAAAAUGGCGACCAUGCAGGACGAAUGCCUCCCCUCGUAGACGCUGCAAAACGCGUUGAAGUUCUUGUAGCCUUACAGCCGGCUUUCCUUUCCACUCGGUUGCACUUUAUACUUCAAUGAGAGAUUUGGAAUCGAAAGCUGUUGCCACCAAAGAAGCAUCGAAACAGGGAACGAACCCACAGAGGGAAGAACAGUGGAUGGAAGAGAGAGAGAGACGGAGACUGUGAUGAGGACGGAGGAUAAGAACACACUGGUCAAAAGUGCCAGAUAAUACCAAGUCAAGGCACAGUCCUCAGUCUUAACCACACCCCCCCCCCCACUCCCCACAUCUACACGUAUAUACUUACACACAGACCCACACACAAACGCAUACACAUUCAGUCUUCAGCAAUGCCAAGAGGGCCCCAUCAGCCUGCUGCCUGCUCUGACAAACCCUGCCUCUUCACCUCGGACACUUGAGGCGGCCGCACUCCGAGCUUUGACCUUUUUCGCCUCCCCUUCGUCGACCUGGGAACCAAAGGUCACCUCUUUUCAGCUGUAGCUGGAGACGGCCUCCUGCCAAGACAGGAGCCGCAGCCUUGCGCCGCACUCACAGGCAUGGCUCCCAUUCGGGAUUCCGUCAGCCACUCCCCUAAUCAAACAGGUCUGGAGCACCCUGGCCUGGACUCGCAGUAUGAGCCUUCCCCCUGGUCCUCUGGCUCUCCCUGCAGCAGUGACGGCAACAGCAACUGGAGCAAAGUCCUAGUGGACGGAAGCGCCGACAAAACAAACAACCCUUCUUCGACAAACUCCUCUGUCUGGCCUCCGCCCUCCUCCUCUUCAUUCUCCUGCUCCUCCUCGUCUUCCUCUUCGGGUUGCGGGUCAGGUUCAGACCCCGAGUUGGCCUCAGAAUGCAUGGACGCAGACUCUAGCUCCUCGGUCAGCUCAGAAAAAAACCUCGGCGCUGUGACAACAGUGAUGAUGAUGUCAGCAAAUGCUCCUUCCUCUGUGUCUUCUACUGCUUCUUCUCCCUCCUCUUCUAUUGUGACUCCUGCCAUGAUGGUCGGCAUCUCGGUAAAUGGAGACAGCAACGGCAACAGUCGUCAGGUACUUGGUGGAGGAAUGGGAGCCAUCAGCAGUGCAAAUAAUGGAAAUAACAUCACCGGGUCCUCCCACUACUCAGUGGCGGGAUCCAGCAGUAUUGGCAGCAAUAACCACCACAACAACAAGCCCGUCAGUAACAGCGGCGUAUGGGGCAGCACCAUGAUAACCACAGGCGGAAGCAUCCCCUGCAUCAAUGGAGGGUUAAAUCCAAACACUUUAAAUCCAAAUGCCAACCACGGUGCCUGGCCGCAGAAUCCAACCCCAUGCCCCGUGUCCCAGGGCCAACGGCCUCCACAGGCUCAGGGGGUGACCUCCAAACUGGGUGCAGCUCCCCAACAGAGCCCCGUGCUGGGCUGGGGUGGCAUGUCCGCUCCAGACAGCAACAGUAUGAUGGAAGACACGGAGGGGAAUAAUGGUACAGCAGGCAGCAAGGUGUUAGCGAGCAGCAACAGUGGAAAUGGUGGCCUCCAGCCUACCAACCGUAACACUGAAUCCAAUGGACCAAAUAACACUAUUAUGAUGAAUACUACUACGACUACUACUACUAACGCCACAAUGACCUCUAGUCCACCAAACUCUACCGCCUCACCCCAACUCAGCGGGGAUUGUUCCUGGGGCUCUGUUGGAGGAGGGAAUGGGGUUCCAAUGGCCAACGGAAACCCCCCACAGGGAGAGCUGGGCGGUCCCGGGGCCUUCGUUACACCUUGGGGCGCAACUACCUAUCCUGGAGACAAGGGCACCCCAAAUGCAGACACUGUGAACCCCCAAAACCCUGCCUUAACGCAGGCUGGGAACCCCCAAAUGUCCUCUACUGCUGCUUAUAAGAGUAAUAAUAACCACAAUAACACUGGCGCCCCACGCUGGGACCAGGGCCCCGCCAGUAACCCAAACCAGCCUCAGAGCAACUCGUCCUGGGGUACCGGCUCAAAUCCAGUCCCAGGCUCUGGAGGCCAAACGCCAGGAAGUGGGAACCAAACUACGAUGGGCCCUCCGGCGGGGAUACCUCGCCCUUGGGGGAGCAGCGCCUCGUCCUCGUCCUCGUCGUCAUCGUCCUCCUCCGCGUCGAACAAGGCGCCAAAUGGAGAAUGGGGAUCAGUACCUUCUGGCAACAACCAUUUAGAGCCUGGAAGUCAUAAAGGAAGCUCUGCCAACAAUGGCUGGAAGAGCCUGGAAGAUGACGCCAUGGGCAUGGGAGGUGGUGGUGGUGGAGGAGGAGGAGGAGGAGGAGGAGGAGGUGGUGGUGGUGGUGGUGGUGGUGGAAGCCAUAGCCUGGCAGGUGUCACUGGAGGCUGGGGUCGCACUGGAGGGAGUGAAGGAAGCGGGGAGAGCUCCGGAGGCCGAUCCGGCUCAGACCGAGACGGCAGCCAGCCAAAAGGAGGAAAUCGCAGAAAAGUUAUCAGUCCGGCUGCAGCAUUACCAGCUGUUCCCCAGAGCGACGUGGACCCGAGGGUUCUGUCCAACACUGGAUGGGGACAGACACCCAUACGACAGAACACCACCUGGGACGUCAAUUCUUCUGCCAAUAAUCGACUCCAAGGACACAGAGGAGACGAAAGGAAGCACGGCGGCGGAGGCCCCGGAUGGGGAACAGGAACACAGGCAGCGCCCUCUCAGACCUCCGGAGGUUGGGGGGUUGGGCCGGGCAACUCGGGCCAGGGAGGUUCCGGCUGGGGAGAGCGGCCGACCUCCGGGUGGGACAGCAAAGCCCCGACCAGUGGAGGAGGUGGGCAGAGCAGCUGGAACGAUGGAUCCAGUUACAGGGGGAGCAGCAGCAGCAGCAGCAGCAACAACAACAACAGCAGCAGCAGCAGCAACACCUGGAGCAAUAACGUAAACAAAGAUGAAAGGUCCAAUACGUGGACUAAUGCGCCCAAACCUCAGCAGGGCUGGGAUUCCAAUGGUGGGAAUGGCAGUGAACGCUGGGGUAAUGGUGGAGAUGGCCACAGAGCAGGGGGCAGAAACCACUGGGGGGCGGAGCCUCAAAAGGGCGGCAACUCAGUGGCCUGGGACAGCGACGGCGACCGGUCAGGCUCUGGAUGUUGGAGCGAGCCAAGCCGAACAAACACCACCAACGGCGGCGGCGGCAACACUUGGGCCGGCAGCGGAGGCUCAAAUACCUCGGACAAGAGCGCGCCGAACGCCAGCUCCAACUGGGGCGACGCAGUCCACAAGCCCAAUGCUCAGGGUAACAGCCAGGGCUGGGGAGAGCCAAUGAAGAACAACCACGGAGCCCAGAACUGGAGCGAGCCGAUUCCCAAGCCCUCUAACGAGUGGGGCAAAGGUCCUGAAUCCAACAUGUCGAGAGGCAAUCAAGUCCCUAACAAGCCCACUGGCUGGCUGGGAGGCCCGAUACCAGCAGUAGGUACAAAGGAGGAAGUGUCCACUGGGUGGGAAGAGCCGUCUCCUGAGUCUGUUCGACGAAGGAUGGAGAUUGACGACGGGACAGCCGCUUGGGGAGACCCUGGUAAAUACAGCGGGGGAGGUGCCAGUAAGCGGAGCAGGCCUGGCCCAUCAGACCAGGAGGCCGUGGGCCCACCCGCGCAGCACCACCAGCCCCACCCAGCACGCAACACCAUGCAUCCUCUUCAACCCAUGCAGCCCCAUGCUCAAGACAAAAGCUCCAGUUCUACUUGGGGUGAGCCUUUCCCCCAGAAGGAGUCCUCCACGUGGGAGCCCGCCCCCGCGCCGCCCGUUAAAGUGGACAACGGGACGUCUGCCUGGGGGAAGCCCAUGGACACCAGCUCCACCUGGGAGGAUCCCAGCAGGGUUUCCCGAAAGCCGGGGCCCGGGUGGGGCGGCCAGCAGCAUAAGACUGCUCCAGGUCCUAAGCCCAUGGAGACGUGGGGCGGAGAGGAGGCGUCCAUGGGCAACAGCUGGGACCAGGAGGAGGAGGUGGAGAUCGGCAUGUGGAGCAACAACCAACAAGACAACAGGUCUCAUGACCAAAACACCUGGAGCUACAAGCAUAAAUGCUCCAAGAUGAACAGACCAGUCAACAAGCAGGAUGAACCCUGGAUAAAACCCUUCAUCAACCAGUUCAACGGCAUGAACUUCCCUAGAGACUCGCCUGAUGACUCCAUGAAGCCGGGAGCAGGGAUGGGGCAGGACAAGCACAUGGGCGGCAUGGGAGACUACACUGGACAAAUGGGCAAGAACCCCUCUCGUCAGCAGCUGCACAAGGAGUCUGCCAUGGACCGCGGCGCCUACUACGAGAAGCAGUCCGUUUCCCCCUCUGCUUACAAUAACCCACCUUAUGAUGAGCUCUCCUCCAAUCAAAGCAUGAGCUUUUCCCCUUCCAACUCUGCUCAGCCUAUCCCCUGUCUCGACUCUGGGCCGUCUCCCGCUCACUGUAGUCCUGGAGGCGCUCGACAGAAUGUAAACCCUAUGAUGGGUGGCAGCAGCGUAGCACAGGGAAGAGGUGGCCCCCAGUCCCAGGUCCCCCCCCAACCCAACCUCCGUAACCAAGUGCCUCCACCCAUCCUGCCCUCUCAGGUGCCUCCGUCCCUGUUGAAGUACCCCGGAGGAAACGGAAGUCUGAACCCUCUGUUUGGCCCUCAGCAGGUGGCUGUGCUCAACCAAAUCUCCCAGCUCAACCAGCUGUCACAGCUCAACCAGAUCAGCCAGUUACAGCGUCUUCUCUUCCAGCAGCAGCAGCAGCAGAAAGCUCAGAGCCAGAGGGCCAUGCCUGUGGGACGUCCGGCUGAACAGACGCGUCCUAUUGGUUCUUCUCCGUCGAUGAUGCAGCCGCCGCGGCACCUGGACCCCUCCCUGCUGAAGCAGGCCGCCGCCCACAAACCGUACCUGGAUAACUACUUGUCCCACAACGCUGAGAUGCAGAAGGACGCUCUCGGAUCCUUCAGCAAUUUCCCUUUAAGCUUGAACCCAAACCUGAAUGUACCCCUGGACAUGGGCGGCGGCGGCGGCGGAGCUGUGAGCUACAAAGAGCCGCCCCAGUCCAGACUGAAGAAACUGUGGGCCACUGAUCCUCUGGAGCAGAACAGCAAACCUGGUGCUAUGUCGUCUGGGCUGCGCCUGGAGGACUCUCCCUUCUACGACUUCCUGUCUCCCGGCGCCUCCCCCCUGAGUCCCGCCGGCCAAUCACUGGGCUCGGUGGGCGACGGCUGGCCGCCCCGUGCCAACUCCCCCCCGCCCCAUGGAAACACUGUCACCUGGCCCCCAGAGUUCCGGCCCGGCGAGCCUUGGAAAGGUUACCCCAACAUUGACCCCGAGACCGACCCUUACAUGACCCCCGGCAGUGUCAUCAACUCCCUCUCCAUCAACACCGUCCGAGACACAGACCACCUCAGGGACAGGAACAACGGGCCAUCCUCAUCACUGAACACCACGAUGCCUUCUACCAGUGCCUGGUCAUCCAUUCGUGCCUCCAGCCACAGCGGUUCCCUCACCAGUACAGCACAAAGCACUUCAGCCAGACCCAGUGAGUCAAAGUGGUCUCCCGGCGGCGGCUCUGUGUCCAACUCCUCCCUGGCCCAUGAGCUGUGGAAGGUCCCCCUGCCCCCCAAGGCGCUCUCCGUGGCGGCCCCCUCCAGACCACCGCCCGGCCUCACCAGCCAGAAGCCCACCUCCGCCUCCUCGGGCUGGGACGGCUCUGCCCUGCGGCUGGGAGGUUGGGGCGCCUCUGAGUCCAGAUACACACCUGGUUCCAGUUGGGGCGACAGCAGCAGCAGCAGCAGCAGCAGCAGCUCAGGGAGAAGCCAAUGGCUUGUUCUGAAAAAUCUCACACCUCAGAUCGACGGCUCCACCCUGAGGACCUUGUGCAUGCAGCACGGCCCUCUGAUCACAUUCCACCUCAACCUGCCGCACGGGAACGCCGUGGUGUGCUACAGCUCCAAGGACGAGGCCGCCAAGGCCCAGAAGAGCCUGCACAUGUGUGUUUUGGGGAACACUACUAUUCUGGCUGAGUUUGCCAGCGAGGAGGAAAUCAACCGUUUCUUUGCACAAGGGCAGUCGCUGGCCACGCCCUCCUCGGGCUGGCAGACCGUCGGCUCCUCCCAGACCAGAAUGGAUCAGUCCCACAGCUUUCCCAGCCGCGCUCCUGAACCCAACCAGUGGAACAGCAGCGAGCUCCACAGCUCCUCCCUCUGGGGCGGGCCCAACUAUUCCAGUAGCCUGUGGGGGAACCCGGGCGGCACCGAGGCGGGGAGGAUCAGCAGCCCCUCUCCAAUCAGCUCCUUCCUCCCGGUGGAUCACCUGACAGGCGGCGGGGACUCCAUGUGAACCGCCUGCCAAUCAAACAGGCUCGAGGAAGGGUCAGUAGAGAAUUAUCAAUAAUCAGCAGAAGAAAGGAAAAAAAAAAAAAAAAAGUUUAAAAAAAAAACGCAAUGGCACUAGUCGGACUCUUUCUCACUUACAAGAUGUACAACAAGCAGGGUGAGCCCUGUGGAAAACAAGUUACGUUUCUCUCUGCACAUAUGUCCACUUUGUUUUAGCCCAAAAACAUAUCAGUCGGAAUACUUGAAUCAUGCAGGCCAAUUCUAUAAUGUGAACGGAUGGAUAUUUGCUUCCAGGUAGUGCUCUUUCAGACCGAAAAAAGCUUCAAUCGAGCUCAUUAUUAUAUAUAUAUAUUUUUUUUCAUUUCAUUCGUCAUGUUUAUUUGAAUUCCAAUUCUUUUCAUUUUUAACUUUUUUUUUUUUUUUUUUUUUUUUUGCAUUUGUUUGCUGACAAUGUUGGAGUAUGAGCUUUUUAAACUUUGCACUGAAUGUGGUUUUUUCUCAGUAUAUAUAAUCUGCAAUAUAGAGGGAGCAGCCAGUUUUUCCAGUGUAGCUGUUUACUCAUUGAGGUCCUUACCGUAUGUGUGUAUGCACGCGCACGUACGUGCGUGGAAGUACUCUCUGUGUGUGUGUGUGCGCGCGUGACUGAGUAUGUGUGCGCUCCUCUGCCUUGGCACGCCUACUUUACUGCGUUGUCGUUCAAGAUCAACAGAUAGUUAAAGAAGAAUAAAAGCUGACUUAGGAGAAUUAUCUGGUGAUAGAAAAAGUGACAUUAAAAAGUAUUGCACCAAUUUUGUUUUAAGACUAAAGAACGUUGAGCUCUGCAGUGCAAAAGGACUGUAGCCGCAGCUGGGACUAGCAAGCCCCGCCCACCCCUGGGUGGGGGGGUGGGGUCUAUCUAGCAAGCCCUCCCACUAGCCCCCUAGUGGGCAGGGGGGAAACAGCACUUUGAGAAUAGGCUUUCAAUGUUUGGAGGUGCCACACUGCAACCUCUUGUUUACAAGACUUAGGAGGCGGAACGUGUGUUCAUUCUUCAUUUUAAAGAGAAGAUGGAAUAAAAUAUAAAAAAUACUCACAAAAAAAAACAAAAAAACAGAAAAAUGUUUAAAAAAAAUAAUAAAACGAAUAGAAAAACAUUAAAAAAAAUAAACUCUUAAGGAUGAAGACGAUGCUCUGUAACUCUGGGAAUUCGGAUCAGUGUUUUUGGCCAUGGCGUUGGUUAUUUGAACUAUUCCUCUUUGUCUGCUAAAUAACCAGCAAUGGUUCUCAGGAAAUCAAGCCAGUUUUCCCCCCUUUGUAGGUGAAUUAAAAAGAAAACUACUACUCCUUGUAGGAAAGGAAAAUCCAACUUCUAGCACUGAAAACUAUGUAUAGGUCUAAGUUUUAUUUUCUCUGCCAAAUAACUGCUUUAAGCUGGAGAAGCUCAACACACUGCUUUCAAUAUGCUGUCUUUGAGAGGGAGCGGGUGGGGGGGGGGCUCCUAAUAUGGAGGGGUGGGGGACGGGCGGCAGAAAAAAACCCCCAACGCCCCCCCCCCCCUCCCCCCCCCCCCUCUCCUCCGAUGUGAGAGUCAGAAGUGGAGUGUUUAUUGUGCGAGAGUGACUGUGUCACGUCUGGUAACCAUGGCGACUGUAUCUAUGCAUACUGUAAACCUCGCACACGGCCCACCGGGAACCGUCGACUCGUUUCCUUUUUUUUUUUUUUUCUUUCCCCUGCGUUUCACAAAAUGUUUUAAAUGUUUCAUUAAGUACAACAAAAUGCGAAAUAUGGCUUCUUUUAUUUUGGUCUUUUUUCUUUCUGUUGUCGCUCUCAUUGCCACAAAUGGUGUUUUGAAAAAAGGAAAGAAGAGAAACCGUUUGGGUUGAAGAUAAUAUUUUAACAGUGCAAAAGUCGUCCACAUUUCAUUGCCUUGAUCCUAAUUGUGUCCGAAGAUGCAACAAGUCAAGUGGCUUCUACCUGUUUACAAAUAGAAUAUGAUUGUAUCGUGCUGUUUAUUUUUCAUUUCUUCCUUUUAGUGAGGGGGGGGGAGGGGGGGAGGCGCGACUUAAGUACACGUGUGAAUAAUAGAAGUACACCUCCACCAGUGAUUGUUUAGUUACUAUGAUGCACAACUGUCAGGGGGGGGGGGGGGGAACAAAAAGCUUCAGAGUGCCCGAACGAGAAGUCAGCAUCAGUGAAGCCGUGGACCUUAAUUUCUUUUCUUCAUCGUCUAAUUAUUCUCUCUGUGUGUGUGUGUGUGUGUGUGUGUGUGUGUGUGUGUGUGUGUGUGUGUGUGUGUGUGUGUGUGUGUGUGUGUGUGUGUGUGUGUGUGUGUGUGUGUGUGUGUGUGUGUGUGUGUGUGUGUGUGUGUGUGUGUGUGUGUGUGUGUGUGUGUGUGUCCCUCUCCAACAUGGGUUUUAAUUUCAGAAGUAUGUUGGCUUAAGUUGUGUUUUUAAGCUCAGUUGUGAAUAUUUACCAACUUUUCGACGCAUACUAGUGAAACAGAACCUCGAGUAUUAGCCAGACUUGACAGUGGUGUGUGUGUGUGCCAGUAUUGAACUCUGCUCUGUACCAAAUAAUUCAAUCAUACAAAAUAUUAGUUUACUUAAUUCCAGAUCUCUUUGCUUAAACUAUAUCUAUAUAUACCUUAUUUGUGUGUUGUUGUUUUCUGUUUUUUUUUUUUUCUUCCCUCGUCUGGUUUAACAAAUGUUAUCGAGUGGGACAGUUGAACCGCGGUUGUCAUUUACUUUUUUUUGAGUUUUCUUAAUUUGACAAAUUGAACUGAGGAGCCUUGGAUUUUGCACUUGGGUGGGUUUUAGAGGACGGUCGGACAGGCCGCCUGCUCGCGCUUUUACAGGUCCGUCUGAGGGCGAUUGUGCGUCUGAGUAGUGUGACAGGGUGGUGUGUGUCUGUCUGUGUGUGUGUGUGUGUGUGUGUGAUGACGGUGCUUUGUUGUCCCCAGCUAGGGAGCGAGAGAGGAGGGAGGUUGUUGUUGUGGUGGUGGUGGUGGUGGUGGUCCCCCUCGAGGUUUACCUCUCCCUGGUUCACGGGGCCGGCGGGUCAGAGCGGCGACCUCGCCACGCCGCGUUGACCUCUGCCAGAAUGUAGCUGAAAACGGUUUUUAAAGUAUAAAAAAAAUAAAAUAAUGGCGGCUGGAGCCUCGAUCUGCCUUCAGAGGCCUCUGAUCAGCCUCAAGACAUUAAAUGCAGAGCGACCACUGCUCGUUGUUUCAUGUAUUCCAAUCAGUAUUGGACUACGGCUCUGACCGCGCCCGGUUGCCAUGGCGAUCGUGGACGCGGGGACGUGACCUGCGAUUGGCUGUUCGGGGGACAGAGGGUCACGCUCUCCUGUCUCUGGCUUAUCCAGGAUCAGCCACAGGAGAGGAAACGCGGCUGAACUGACCUGAGGUCUGGUCACAGGUGCACUCUGGGAAGUCUGCGUCUCCCCCCCAGAGCAACCACCGAGAGCAGCGUACAAUCUCCCCCCCCCCCCCCCCCCCCCCCCCUUAAACUCUACUUUUACAUGUUUCCAAUAAUGUGACGCUGUUUUUCCUCUCGACUUAACUCUCCUGUGAGCAGAUGCUUAUAUCAUAACGCGCCCAGCGGCUCCUGUCAAUCAAAAGCGCUACGGCCAUUUUGUUCUGACAAAACAAUAAAUAAACAAACUGUGAGACUGCUG